AUGUUAAAAACACCCUGUUCAGUUCUCAAUUCAAAAAUUCGCGGGAAAAAAGUUUAUUUACCUGACGAUGAUGAAAGCUUAAUUUCAACAGCACUUUCUCUUGUUUGGACAAAGGUGGAUAAAAAAAUUGAUUCGUAUAUUUUCGAGCAAGAUAGAGUAAGAAUGUCAUAUAAAAAAAAUGAAGGUCGUAUAUAUUUUGAUCUGGAGGAAUCAUUGUCAAAUUUUACAUUUAUCGAUAAAGAUAAUCUGGCUGAACUUCAGCAUUACAAGUCUCUAUAUGAAUCAUAUAAAAGUAAAUACGAAUUAGUUUUGAAUCAUAAUGUUAGAUUAGAGAACAAAUUGCAAAAGUACUCUACUCCAGUAAUGGCAGAAAAUACGCGUUCAAGUGACACAGCUGGUACAGCUGAUAUUGAUUCUAAUGUUGAUGAAUCCUUAAAACAAUUGUUAAAUUAUUCAACACCCGAACAUUCCCCUUUGAAUCUUCAACAUCAACUCUUCGCUCAUCAUUAUAUCGCGACAGAAAAUAUUUGGGCAAAUUUAAAUCUGCGAUGUAUUGAAAAAUUUGGUAACCAAAAUCACAUAAAAAAUAAUAUUACUAUUUCAGAUAUAACGUGGGCCAGCAUGACAUUGCCAGCUUAUCGCAGUUGGAAUAUGAUGAAAAAUUAUUAUUAUUAUAUUAAUAGCUGGAUAACAAAAAUUAAUAAUUUCUGUAAUAAUAAUUCUCAGACUGCUGAUAUUGCAAAUUCAGACUCUAUAAUAGGAGAAUCAAGCUACCAUAAAAGUACUGAAUUGAAUUCACCUCUACAAGCGCCACAAGUAACUAAUGAAAGUGCCAAAUUGAAUUCACUUUCGCAAUCGCUACCGGUAGCUAAUGAAAGUGCUGAAUUGAAUUCCCCUCUACAAGCGUCACCUGUAGCUAAUAAAAGUGAUAAACUGAACGCGUCACCGGUAGCUAAUGAAAAUAAUGAAUUGAAUUCACCUCCACAAGUGUUACCGAUAGCUAAUAAAAGCGCCGAUAAUGAAAGUACCAAAUUGAAUUCAUCUAUACAAGCUUCACCGGUAGCAGUACUGGAAAAAGUAUCAGUAGAAGCACUGUCAACAAAGGCAUCAGUAAGAUCACCCACAUUGAAAUUAGCAGAAAAAGUACCCGGUGCAGAAGUGUUUGUAGUAGUAGAAACACAAACUUCAAAAAUGAAAACGCUAGUGGAAUCACAAGCAUUAGUUUCAGAAGUGUUAGAAGAAUCUCAAGAACUAGCAUCUACAUCAACAUCAUUAGUAAGAAAAUGUAAACUUAACUGUAUUGAAAUUUCCUCAGAUGAGAAUGUUGAUGAAAGUGACCAUGAUGAUAAAACUAUUAUGAAAGAAAAGUUGAAUUCUGCCCAAAUGCUUUUGUUUAAGAAGGAAAAGAAACUACGUGAUAUUUUGUUAGCAUCAAAUGAUGAGCAUCUCGUUACCUCAGAACCAUCAAAAACUUCUGCGAUAUUCAACGCCUUGGCUGAAUUGUCAAUGGCUGAAAAAAUUACAGUUGUCGACGAGAAGUCCGUUAUGGACAGAAUUAAUCAAUGGAAAAAACAGGAGUUAUGUUGUGAAAGCCUUGUGAUAGAGUCAGAGUCUUUCAAUUUGCUACAUUUAGCAUCAUUAGUUCAAAUUUAUGAUGAUCUUUCAAUGCUUGCUGAAAGAUUAGAAAUUAAAAAUACAAAAUCCUGGUUAUUUAAUGAUGGAAUAACACCUGCGCAGCUUGCGCAAGCAGGUUGUCGCAAGUGUGAUUUUUUUGUAAAGCAAAAAUAUUAUAAUAUAUUUUUGUCUCAAAUUCCCGCUCAUCAAUCAAUUACUUCAAGCCAACCAGAUGAACGUAUCUCUGUAAUUAUGUCAAAUCAAGAUUUCACUAUACCAGAAGGAAAAAGUGAUGUUGUAUUUAAAUUGAGUUUAAGCGAAGAAUUCAGAGAUUUAAGGGAGAAGUUUAAAGGAAGUGAGUAUAUCGAAUGGGCAUAA